CCUCUCCCUCCCCCGCCUCAAACUCUCCUCCAUCGCCAAAUCAAACCUCCUCCUCUCCUCCUCUCGCGCCUUCUCCUCCCGUACCUUCCUCCUCUUCUCCCCCCUCAAUCUCUCCCUCUCAGCCUCCAUCCCCUCCCGAGUCCGCUCCCACAUCCGUGUCCGCACAUAAGUCGCAUACUCCUCCUCAUCCAUGGCCUCGAGUUCCCCAUUCGGUCCCUUCGGUAUUUCAGGUACCGCGUAGGUGUGGAUUGGUUGCCCGUAGACGGAUUCCCAGUAUGCGGCGCCUUCGUCGUCGCCGAGCGCGUCGAAGAGGGAUUCGCGGAAGGCGGCGCUGGAGGAGAGGGUUGGGUCGGGGGAGGUGGAUGGACGGGCGGGGUGUGUUUUUGGCGAUGGGGAGGUCGGGGUUUGUGUCGGGUGCGGGUGCGGGUGCGGGAGGAGGUGUGAUGGUCGUGGUCGUCGUGGUGGUGGCGGCGUUUUCGGUGGGGGUCUUUGAAGCGGAAUUUGCUGGGGCGGGGGGUUGUGCUGCUGCUGGGUUUGGUGGUGGUAUCUGGGGGAGCGGAGGGGAUGGUGUUGGUGGUGUUGGUGGUGUUGGUGGUGUUGGUGGUCAUUUUGAAGGUGAGGUUGAUAAGACCAGACCUCUUGUGGUUGAUUGCGAUGAUGUCACUGGCUUGUACACCUCAUUCCCCACCCUCGUCGACCGCUCCAACCCCCGCAAAAUCCGCAUCGCUUUAGACCUCAAACCCGAAACCAACGCCCCCUCCCCCGACGCCGACAGCGCUCCACGCAAGAAACCCAAACUCGGCGGCAGCGGCGGCGCAUUCUCCGGCUUCAAUGCACUAUUACCGGCGCCCAAGAAACCCACCACGACAGGGAAUGAAAAGAAGCCCGCAGCCGCGGCAAGGAAAAUCUUUAGUUUGAAGACUGGUGCGGCGCCGGGGUUUGAUCGCGAGGCGGAUAGGGAGAUGAGGAAUGAGCAGGCGUUUGGGAUGUUAGGUGGUGGGCAGGAUGGGGAUGAGACGAUACCGAAGGCGGGGAGUUUAAGGGGGGAGGAUGGGGGAUCGGGAGUCAAGGAGGAGGGUGAAGGGGAAGAGGGGGGAGUGUCGCAGCUGAAAAUGAAACCCGAGGGAGAGGUGAAACUCAAGGGAAACCCAAUGAUGUUUAAGCCGUUGUCUGUGGGACGGGCGUCGCAGCAGAAGAAAAGGAAGGUGGCUGCUUUGCUUGCUUCUUCGGCAUCGGCAUCAGCAUCUUCAUCAUCAUUGGGGGAUAAGAAUACGGCCGAGAAGAAGGCGGAGGAGGAAUCAUCACAGAAGGCAGCACCAGCACCAGCACCAAAACCCAAAAUCAGCCUCUUCUCCCUCUCCACGGACGACACAACCCCAACUCUCCCUCCCAGCACACAAUCCCAAAACACAACCUACGAACCCCUCGUCUACACAUCCACGGCCGACGAAUCCCCCGCCGGCCCCUCCCCAGACCCCCAAUCCACCUUCCAAGACCAAACUCAAACCCAAACCUCAUCCAGCAACCAAACUCUCAGCACCAUCGCCGACGACCUAAACCUCUCCAAGGCGCAACGACGCCAACUCUUCGGUCGCGACGCCGACAGCUCCGCGGCGUCUCGUGUUCUGCAUUUCAAUACGGACAGAGAGUACGCGGCGAACCAGGAGAUGUUGCACACGACGGAUCUGGCCGCGCAGCAACAUAACCCCGUGCGGGCGAUUGCGCCGGGUAAGCAUACGCUGCAGCAGUUGGUUAAUGCGGCGAGUACGCAGCGUGAGGCGUUGGAGGAGAGUUUUGCUACUGGGAGGAGGAAUAAGAAGGAGGCGGGGUCGAGGUAUGGUUGGUGAUUUUUCUUCCUUUUCAAGGGGGGUUGUAUGUUAAGGGUGAUUGGUGCAUGGGAAUGGAGUUUUGUCUGUGUUUAUAGUUUCUUGUUAAAAGGAAGGAAUUUAGGUAUCAUUGGGGAGAGUAAUUAUGCUAGUGCCUGGAUGACAUAGGUAUUCAGCGUCUAUGCUGUUGAACAUGAGAGACUAUCAAAACUAUCCAUACGGAGGAACAUCAUGAAUAAGAUACUGAAAUUCUUUU